AUGGCUCUGGGCAAUGAUUCACUCUGCUGCAAGUGGAGCAUCGCACCGUUGAUCUUCAAUCUCAUGGACCGUGUGCCUAGCUGGCUCGCCCAUCUUGGACCGCAAUGCCUCUUCCCACGGAGAACCUACGGAGUAAUCCGUGUAGGGGACCAAGAGAAUGUCAUGGCUCAGUCCCAAGACGUCACCGCCAGGACCCUCGCUCGUUGA